UUUACUUCUGGCAGUAAGGAGGAGCUCACUUGUUUAUUCAUUCACGUCACCCCUCUUUCAUUCCCUUCUUCCUUCCUUCCUUCCUUCCUGCUACACACAACGGGGACCCACCGUUGCAAACUGUUUUUUUUAUAUAAGAAAUUACAAUAAUUACUUCGCCACCAUACACCGCUUUUGGAACCAGGAGGAGGCGAGCCGGCGCCUGGAUAGAUGUGAGCCCAAGGUGAUGGCCAGGCAGGUGGACGCGGGCACACAGACAGACCCCGUAGUAGUGCUGUCUCUGGCCCAGGCCGCUGUUCUGGGUCUCAUAUCACAGAAUGAAGUAUUUGGUGCCACUAUUGCCCCCAACGGAUUCUACACUGGAGAGCCCAAAGAAUCGCCCGCACCCCCAGUAGACGGAGUCGACUACGAAUACGCAGACCAAUUAAUAGGGGCCAACGGAGACUAUCUCGGAGACAACAUAGGAGAAGAAGGCCACAUGCAGCCCAGUUGCAGCCAGAGGAGGUGGCAGGGGCCUCCCCCAGACGGAAAAAUGGUAGGGCCUGACCGCCAUCCAGGAGUCCACAUAGACGGAUCGUCCCAUGUUAAAGGGGAGGUGGUGAACUCCGGCCUGACGUCCUGUGUUCACAUGCUGAAUAACCUUGCUCCCAGAGGAGGGCUGGUGCAAGUGGACCCGGCGACCCUAAGAGGCGCCCACAAAAACUGCUCCGAGUGUGAGAGGGACGCGCAAACCCAGCAGGCAAACGCUCAUCCACACGCUCCGGCGCAGGUGAGCCACCGAGCAGAGACGGCACACCGGGGUGCGCAGGGGCACCACCGGGGCAUGGGGCCCAGCCGCGGGCGGGUGGAAAACGAGGAGGUGGAGCACGGGAACAGCAUGAUGAAGCCCGGUCAGGAGGAGGAGAUGAGCAGCUACUUCCAGUCGUCCGAGGUGGGGAGCUACGACUCCGGAGAGAUGGGCAUGGCAGGAGACUACGACGAGAACAGCCAGGGCAUGAUGUGGAGCGAGGGCGUGGAGGCGAACGGGAGCGGAGCCAGUGUAGCGCCUCCACCUCACCGGCGCCACGGCGGCCGGAGGGUCGACCGCCUGGACAUUAACAUCCAGAUCGACGAGUCCUACUGCGUGGACGUUGGGGACGGCCUGAAGCGCUGGAAGUGCCGCAUGUGCGACAAGUCGUACACGUCCAAGUACAACCUGGUUACCCACAUCCUGGGCCACAACGGCAUCAAGCCGCACGCGUGCCCCCACUGUGGCAAGCUCUUCAAGCAGCCCAGCCACCUCCAGACCCACCUGCUCACCCACCAGGGCACCAGGCCUCACAAGUGCACCGUCUGCAAGAAAGGCUUCACCCAGACCAGCCACCUGAAGAGGCACAUGCUGCAACACUCGGACGUCAAGCCCUACAGCUGCCGCUUCUGCCGCCGAGGCUUCGCCUACCCCAGCGAGCUGCGGGCCCACGAGGUGAAACACGAGCGAGGCCGCUGUCACGUCUGCUCGCAGUGCGGCAUGGAGUUCCCCACUUACGCCCACCUCAAGCGCCACCAGACCAGCCACCAGGGGCCCCACACCUUUCAGUGCACCGAGUGCAACAAGUCAUUUGCAUACCGUAGCCAGCUGCAAAACCAUCUCCUGAAGCACCAGAGCCCAAGGCCUUACACCUGCUCCCAGUGCGGCCUGGAGUUUGUGCAGCUCCACCACCUCCGGCAGCACUCGCUCACUCAUAAGGGCAUGAAAGGGCACAAGUGUGAUGUGUGUUCACGUGAGUUCACGCUGUCUGCCAACCUGAAGAGACACAUGCUGAUUCAUAACAGCAUCCGGCCCUUCCAGUGUCAUGUCUGCUUCAAGAGCUUCAUCCAAAAGCAGACCCUAAAAACCCACAUGAUCGUCCAUCUACCGGUCAAACCAUUCAAAUGCAAGGUGUGUGGAAAGUCCUUUAACAGAAUGUACAACCUCCUGGGCCACAUGCACCUCCAUGCUGGCAGCAAACCCUUCAAGUGCCCUUACUGCUCCAGCAAGUUCAACCUGAAGGGCAACCUUAGCCGACACAUGAAGGUCAAGCAUGGCAUGGAUGUCUCACCAGAUGGCCCAGAUAACCUUCCUGAAAUGGAAGGCCAGGGGCAAUACUCAGAGGACAACUUUGGCUUUGCAUCACCUGACAGUAUGGACAAUAGCGGCUCUCAAAACCUUACUAAACUUACUACAGCCAACAUGGAUGACAUGGAGGAGUAUUAUAACUUUGGGAAGGACACUAGCAGCUACACUACACCCUAAGUAGUGUAUUCUGGAUUCAGAGAACUUGGAAUUUACGAGACAAAAUGGCUACCCUGGCAGUAAGACAAUGGGUGGGUUUCAGCCCCCUCCAAGAGCCAGAACUAAUGGACCCAAAUUGGGGGUGGGGUGGGGGGGUGGGGGGGGGUUAGGCUCAAGAAGAUGCACUUCAAGGGAGCCAUUUGGGUUUGUCUCUGAUGGGAGCGACUGUGAGACUGUUGACUGUCUGGUGGCUCUAUAAAUAAACGGACCACCAUUUCACUGAACAGUUUGAAAGGACAGUCCAACCUGUACCUUGAUAUGUUGUGUUCUAUGUAUCGAGUACUUAACAUGAAAAAUGUUAAUGGUUUUGCGGAGCCAUCCUACUUAAAUUUGAUGUGCUAGAAGUUUGUUUACCAUUUCAUUAUUCACCAAAAUGUAUGCCCUUAUAUUUUUUAUUGAAGAAAGUGCCAGAUAGUAUUUUCAACAAAACCUACACCCUCUGAAAGAUAUUUAGACACGUACUAUAUGUGUGUAUCAGAUACAAAGUCACAACAUAUUCAGUCAUAGAUUUGAAUGCUUCUCUUACUCAAAACGUCCUAAUAGGUAAGUAGUCACCUUCAUGAGCCAGGAACAGAAGGAGCCUGUUAGUGCACAUGACAUAGGUUUUGUGAGCUGAUGUCAGGGCUCCACUUACCAAAGUUGCUAUUGCUUCAUGUUGGUUACUACUACAACCACUGUCAGCUGACAUGUGAAGCUCUCCUACUGUACAAACAACAUUGCAUUGUUCAGUGUUCACCACCACACCUUUCUUCACUUGAUUUAGCUAUACAUUAAUCCUCCCUGUAGUGGAAAUACUGUGCUAGUUUUUGAAUACUUACUGAUUACAAUGCACUUUUCAUCAAAAGAUUUUCAGUGAAAAUGUUCUUCGAGGUGACCCUGAGAGAACUUGGCCUUUAAGGAAAAGAGGAGCGGGCAUCAAGUGUAUCCCAGUCACCCUUAUGGCAAUAUUCCUUUAUAAAGACAGUUCUGCCUUUUUCAAUAGACUUACCUGCGGUUUUAAUUAUCUUGAACUUUCUUGUUGGUAAAAACAAAUGGUAACUGAGCCAUUUGGAGGGAGAAUGAGUGGUAUGUUUGUUUCAGUUACAGCACUAUGUUUCCGUUUUGGGGAGACACCUUACUCCCCCUGACCUGCCAUGCAGGUCAGCCUUGAUAUGCACACUAAACAUGAGAAAUGGUAUACUAGUCUUUUUGGAAUGAGGAAUAUCAAACUGAAAACCUCAUAGAAAUUGUUAUUUAAUAAAGGUUCUCUAGUUUAAAUGG